GUGUCUGGGGUUAGUUGCGCGGGGUUGUCAAACCAUCGACAUAUUCCCACGUUCAUUGAAGGCAGCGUUAUUGAGUGACGAUUUGAAGUGAAGUUCGUCCCCCGCCCCACCAUCGAUGUUUCACUUUCAACUUCCUAACUCAUCCUAUUGAUUUAAUGUUGUGACUUUUAAUGGCGCGGGCUUUCGUUUAGUUAAUUUUCCGGUAGCGCCGUGGAAAAGGAAAAUGCUUUCCCACGUGGGUAAGAUGCGGUCAUUUGAAAUGGAUAUGGCAGCGAGCCGCGCGUGAGAUUGGCUGCCGUCCGUAAAGUCAGGAAGACGCGUGAACAACGGAUGUGUGACCGUCCGUGACGACCGCCGACGCGUUUUGUUUCGUGCCCUCGUCUGAAGUUGACGUGUGCCUUCCUCCGGCUUCCUCUGGCUGUGGGUCGGUCGGACACGCACCGGUGGCACCGAUCGCGAACUCCCCACAGCCGCGCCGUUCCGUGCCGUGUGUGUUCGAACAGGUCCUCUCUCCCUCCCGUGGGUUCAAACAUGGGCACCCAGGGCACAGGACGCAAAAGAAACAGUAACAAGGAGCGAACCACGGCAGAGGACGAUGCCCUCAAUCUCAUCGCCAGAGACGCCGAGGCCCGACUGGCAGCCAAGAGGGCAGCGAGGGCGGAAGCCAGAGAGAUCCGCAUGCGGGAGCUUGAGAGGCAACAAAAAGAGAUCUUUCAGGUGCAGAAGAAAUAUUACGGCUUGAAUCCUAAAGCAGAUGACCGAUCAGACAGCAAAUGGGGCGAUAUUGAGCAAUGGAUGGAGGACAGUGAGCGAUACUCGCGACCUUCGCACACGCAUACGCUUUCAGAUGACGACGAACGGAUGUCUGCGGGGAGCCGAGGCAGCGCCAGGUCGGAACUUGACGCAGUUUACGGUGCCGGGGGCUCGUCCUUGCUCUCGCAUAAGUCCAAGAAAAAGAAGAAACAUAAGCACAAAGAUAAGGACAGGAACGGCCACGAUGAUGAGCACAGUGUUCUAUCCAGCCGGGCAUCGUACGCCGCCUCAUCUGACAUGUACAGCCUCAAUGGCCUGUCCGCCGCCGCCGCAGGCAGGAACCCGGCUUCGACUGGUUCCUACCAGAGCUCCUUAUACGAGGACGGGCUCUAUUCCGGGUCGCGCCAAGUGUCCGGCUCCAACUCUGGCUCCCAUAUCCCAAUAGAGUACGCUAGCUACCGCAGCAGCUCCAACUCCAGAACUUCCAGUCGGGCCAAUUCUGCCCGUACCAGCCCAGUGGACGAGCGCGGUGGCUCUGUUGCCAGUCUGUUGAGAAGCGUUUCCGGUAGCAGGGGACUCCCCAGGGAUCUGGCCAAUGUUACCAUUCCCGAUUUUUUAGACGUAGACGACAGGGAUUAUCCUGAGAAAGGUUCUCGAGCGGCUUCCGCAUUAACGGCGACCACUCUCACCUCCCUCGGCGGGAGUUCCUCACGGAGAGGAAGCGUCGAGAGCGCCCUCACCGUCGAUGCGGAAAGUGCCACAAGGGAAAUCAAGGAAAUUCAUGAACUGAAGGAUCAGAUUCAAGAUGUGGAGUCCAAGUACAGUCAGAACCUAAAAGAAGUCAAGGAGGCCUUAGCAGAGGUGGAGGAGAAGUACCGCAAGGCCAUGGUGUCCAACGCCCAGCUGGACAAUGAAAAAAACAACCUGAUGUACCAGGUGGACACGCUCAAAGACUCGCUGAUGGAACUGGAGGAACUCCUGUCUGAGUCAAGGCGGCAGUUCGAGGACAAGCUCAAGGAUUUUGAACGUGAGCAACACGCCCACAGUGUGCUUCAGUUCCAGUUCAACGACAUGAAGGAGACCCUGAAACAAAGCGAGGAGCUGCUAAAUGAGAUUCGCCAGUUGCGUUUGAAGCAGGAGAGUUUUGCUAGGGAAAUAGCCGAUCUCCAAGAAACAGUGGAGUGGAAGGAUAAGAAAAUUGGGGCCUUAGAGCGACAGAAAGAAUACACGGACGCGAUCCGAACCGAGCGAGACGAUCUCAGAGAAGAGGUGGUGAAGCUGAAAGAUAUUCUGAAGAAACACGGAAUAGUGCUGGGACCCGACCUGAGCGUCAACGGCGACGCCAACGAGACGGAAACGGACGCGGCCGCCGGCGGAGACGGCGCUUCGCCGAGCUCCCCGGCGGAGGGGAGCAGCGUGCUUGGAAGCUCAGACGACUCUGGGUUGAGAAGUAGAGGCAAGGAAGCGGUGGAUCAAGAAGAGCGCGGACAAGUGUUUGAGGAAGGCCAGACGAGCGCCGCCGAUAGGCUCUCGGACACUUAUGAGGCGUCCGGCUCCGUGAAAGAAAAGAUGGCAAAUGCCGUCGUUCAAGACAAUGACGCAACGGGUCAAACAGUCACGCGAGUCAACUCUGAUUUAGAGGAGACAGACGCAAUAAUGAAUGGUAAUUUGAUAGAAGCUGUCCAAGAAUUGUGCCCCCAAGAUCAAACAAGUCCCCAAACAAGUUGCCCAGUAGGCGCUAAUGAGUCCGAAUCAAGUCGCCAAGAACAAAUGAAAGAUUCCGAAUCGUGUCCCCAUCUGGAGCUCCUUCAUGAAGAGAUGGGAGACGUCGUAGCUUUUGAAGAAAAUUCCCAAUCGUGUCCCUUAGAUGGUGAAUAUGCUGAACCGUGUCCCCGUGUGCAAGGCGUUGGAGAACCUCAGUCUGGUCUCCAAGCAGAUUUGCAAUCAUCUCCUCAAGAAGAUAUUCCUCCAUCUAAAUCCUGUCAAGGGGAAGAUGUCAAAACAUCUCCCCAUGGAGAUGGGAAAGAUUUCGAAUCAAACAUUCAAGACCCAGAAUGGUGCCCCCAAGUAGAGGUCAAAAGUUCUGAAUGGUGUCCCCAAGUGGAAGAUGCAAAGGAUGACGGACAAGAAGACGGAAAUGAUUCGGAACCGUGUUCCCGAGUACAAGUCGGCCAAGACUCGCAAUCUGGUCCGCGAGUCGUGGAGGGCAUCGCUGAACUGCAGCAGGAAACUGCUGAAGCAAGCAGCGGUGACGCAGAAACAAAUGUCACCAAGCCUGCCGCCGGUAAGAGCGCAAACGUCCGUGGGAAAAAGAAAAAAAAGAAGAGGAGAGGCAAAAGGAAAGCUGAGGAACUAAGUCAUCAAAGGGACAACAAAGGAGGAAAUGGGACCACGGAGCAAGACAAGCUCCAGACAGAAGGCGCAGGAGCACCAUUAGCAAACGCAGACUGUGCUCACGACAUCCAGUGCCUUCAAGAAGCCACUCAACAGGCGGAGCCCGCAAACCUUCACCAUCUCCAAGAAAGCACGACGGCGCAAAUGCUCCAUGCGGAUGAGCAAAGCAGUCGACAUUUGGAAAUGGAAAAAGUAGAAAUAGUGCAAGCGCAAGCUCCAAAAGAAAGUUUUGAUUCUGCCGAAGCGCAGGAAGGAUCAGAUCCCAUUUUGGACAAAGACGCCAUUAUAGAUGACACCACCAUCGUUUCAGGUCCUGGUGACACGACCUUUGUCCAGAAUGAAGUUGAAACAAGUUCUCCAACGCUCAACGAUAAUAAGGAAGACUCCGUAGGCCAGUUGGAAAGCUGCGACGAAGCGGCCUCAGAAAGUCACAAUCGGGUGUCUGUGACGUCUCCCGACGACAUCGGCGACGGUCUCCAAGACUCGUCGUCAUCGUCUGCGCUACGAGCCGAUAGCCUCACGGAGGUUGUUUUCAAACAGCAAACGUUUACAAAUCAAGAGGAUGAGGAGAUCUUGAAAAAGGACAACGACCACUUGCUCACUUUUGUCCAGCCGGAGAAAUCCUCGCAUGACCUUGACGAGGAGGAGACUCGGGCCGGACUCGUUGCCGACGGACGGACUUUGCUUUGCGAAGAUGGUUUUGUUGACGCUGCCUUGGACACGCUGGAGUCGCAGAAAGUGAGCCAUCAAGUCACGAAUGAAAACCUAGCUGCUGCAGAGGAGCAUGAAAGCAUGGAAGGUGACCAUCAAGCCGCCGAUCUCCGCGCCUGCCAGCAGGACAGUGGGGAGGAUGAAGAUGAGAAAGGGCAUUCCUUUGAUUUUGACGACAUGGACCUGGACACCGCCGUGGAGACGCUGGGAAAUCCUGAGCGGCGGCGAGUUGAGGUGGGAGAUGAAGACGUCGCAUCAGAUGAGCUCCAAACCGACAAGAACAGAAAGGAUAGCGAGGCGGUCGCACCAGAGCAGACAGAUGUUGAGAUGGCCGUGGAAGUCCUGCCAGAUGAAUGUAGUAAGAAUAAUAAUAAUAGCAAUACUGAAACGCCAACAACGCGGAGAGAUGCGCGUGGAGCCGCACCAAACGUUUUGACCAAUGUAGAAAGCCACGGGAAGGACGGCCAGCCUUCCAACACUGGACUUCCGCAAACCCCGGGCGAAGACCAAAUCCCAGCUCAGGCCGCGCCGUUAGCGGUAGAUAGCGUUGAGAAUGCGCAAGAUGCAAGCGCCACCCUUAGCAACAUGGAGGCGCCCGUCUCUGGAAAAGACAGCAAGAAAAAUGGAAAGCAGGGAAAAGGCAAGGGCAAAGAUGACUGCAAGGUGACUUAGAGCUUACCUUUCAAAAUGACUCUCCGGUGUGAUAGGCAGUUUUUUUUCUGAUUUGAUUGAUGGUUGCAUAGCUUUAGAAUAGACAUCAUGAGCUUUAUUAGUUUUAUUUUUUGCAAGUUGUAUGUGGCAAAAAGCAAUGAGAAUGAAAUUUACAAGCUUUUUCAACAAUGCUGUUGAUGUUUUGGGGUCCCUCUCUCUAUUUGAGGGAGGAACUUGUUCAGCUCUUUUUGAUGAUGAAGUUAAAUCAUACAAAGUGGAGAAAAAGCAUUUUUCUAUGCAGGUCAAAAUCAAACAUGCUUGUCAAUUCAGGCUGUAAAUUUCACCCACGGCAAGUAGGGGAAGUGUUCAAGGUCAGGGGUCGAGAUGGGAUUGGGUCGGGGUUAGGAUAGCAGCAUGCACAUAACAAUGCAUGUUGCUUUUUGUUGCACUUACUGAGUGUGAUCCAUCCACAAUAAUAAAAAAUAUGAAACAGAAAAAAAAA